CAAAAGAAAGUUUACAGGAUGUAUGACAUUUUUUUUCGUAGUUCCGCUUUUCUACCUUAUUCUUAUGGUAUUUUGUAUGUCCAAUUUUAAAUCUCUUAUUUUCUGAAUUUAUAUUAAUUUUACCAAGAUAUACAAUUGAGAUGGGUGUGAAUUAUGUACUUGGGACGUUAUCUGAUCCAAAUCCAACCCGACACCGCCAUUUGCCAGUCUCUUCCUCUCAUAUGAAAGAAGAUACGGUGAACAUUACCCAAGGGCGCCGGUAUUUGGUAUCCGCCACCCGAACCCCAAACCCAACCCUAGCGGUACACGCGCUGGAAGAUAGGAGAGCCGCGCAAUGUCCGAUCCCUACUGGAGAUACUCUUCUGCCGAAAGCGGUACCUCUCUCCAUCUCCUUCUCCCAAGCCUUUUAUUUCCUUCUCCUCCUGUUCUCUCAACGGUUUUGGUUGGGGCCACCCGCAAACCCUAGUCAAUGUUUGAGAUAAGCUGGAAGUCAUUUCUUGUUUCGAUCGUCAAAAUGAGGAGGCGGCCGUGAGAUUUUUAAUAGAUGGCCUCUCUUUCGAGCUGUCAACUUUUGCUACUUGAUUCCAGAUAUAUUAGAGAGAGCGAUGUGUUCUUAGGGUGGAGGAGGGAUACAAAUAGGAACAGCCGUGUAAUGAAGCAUAUUACAUUGUAUGUGAAUGCAUCAACCGGAUGGAGUGUACUAAACUGGGAGAAAACCUUCACAGCGUGCCGUAUUGCUUGGCAAAAAGGAGUUAUUGAUAUGAUUGCAUAAAGAUAUGAUUUUUUGAGUCUUCAUAUAAUGUUACUGUCUACCACCUACUCUGUUGCAGAGUUCUUAAUUGCGUCAUAUUUAGGCAAUGGUUAUAAUUUCUUUGCUUAUCAUUAUUAUGAUAUUAGCUUUACUUCUGCAUAAACUCCAUCGCAGUUGUGCAUGCAAAUCUUAGUUGCAGGGAAGCAUGGUUCUGUGGCAGCACCCUUGGGAAUGAUCGAGGUCAGCACAGGGAAAGUCGCUAGGAAACAUGGUUAAGUGUACAAAAAGAGACUACAAAACUGCAAACCAGUUUCCAUCAUUUCCCUAUGAUAUCCCUUUCUCUUUUCAAACUAAUUUUUAGCACACAAGAUGCAUGUCCCCUAUGCAUGCAAUCAAAAAGCAAAAGAAAGAAAAUUUUAGGAAUAAGAGGAAGGAGGGGGGGGGGGGGGGGUUGUUGGGGAGUGGCGGAGUCGAUCUUAAAUGCGGAAUGAGGAAAAAUGAUGGACUUGUUUCCUGAGAAGGAAGAAUUGUUGGUGGCUAAAGUCUCUCUUGUAAGGUGUAAUUCUGUUAUAAAAAAAAAAAAAAAUCAUAAAUGAUUAAAUGGAGUCAGAUGGGGUGGGAGUCUUACUUCCAAGAGUCUCCAUUAUGAUAGUAGAGAAGUUUCUCUUGUUUCUACUAACAUUGUAUUCUUUCACCGCACACUGGCGACAUUGCUCCUUUGCCUCUUCCAUUUUUCCCCCUUUAUUUAUUUUCCCAAGGUGGAUAAUGCAGUGGGAAUUACCGUACUUGAACAGUUGAUCUUACUUUCUAAGCUGGAGAACGCAUAUAACUGUCAUCGAUUUAUGGGGAUUCUGUUUCUGGAAGAAAACAUUAAACUAAGACUGCAUGUGUAGGAAAUGUCCUUGUAUGCAUGGUGUGAACCAUACCUUUUUCUGUUUAAUACGCCAGCUUGCUUGAAUCGGUUGUGAGCUCUCUUAAAGAGGCUAGAGAGUGUGGCUCAUGCCAUGUGUUGCCAGCUUUCAUUUACACUCACAUGUAGAUCUCUCAUUCUUCAUUUUGUAGAGGGUGGUUAAGAUUUAUGAAUGAGCAUUCAUCUCCAGCCUUUUGAGGAACUUUCAGGUUCCAACAGGAUAUGUUUGAUGUGCAUGAAUAUUGUUUAAGGAUCGAAAAUUGCAACCUGGCAUCCAGCAUAUGCUGCAAUUUAAUUUUGUUGGCAAGAUUAGAGGCCUUUAAGGGUUUUGGAUUUAUUGCUGAAACAAGAGCUUCAAAUUACAGUGGUGUGCUAUUUGGAGUCCUUGAGCAUAGAAGCUGUAGUAUGUAGUGGGGCUCUGAUCCAUGUGAAUUGAAAAGCAUGGAUGCAUACUUAGCCCUUAAAAAGAAUGAGUGGCAAAAAAAGGAGUUCUCAAGGCACUACCAGAAAAGGAGGAAGUUACUUAAUAAAGAGACUUGAGAUAAUUUUGCUGAAGAAAGAUACCAAAAAAUGGACAUAAUUGAGUAGAUGAAUGUGAUAUUGACAAUUGUAUUAUGCCACUUGAGCAUUGGAAGGUGUGAGAAGGACAAUAACCUUUCAUCUCUGACUCUGAUGAACACAUCAUGAUGAGAAACAUUUUGGUGUGUGAGACAUGAACUUUGACAACUGAUGAAUCCUGUACUUGUUAGCCUUUUUUUCCUUAAGGUUAUUCAACUGAUGCUUAAUCUACCACUGUUUUUGUAGGGUUUCUUUUUUUUAAUAAAUAAUCUGUAGAUUGUAUAUUAUAUAUGAUUAACCAUAGUGAUGGUCCUCAUAGAUGAAAGACUUCAUGUUUAUUUUUCUUAAUUAUUGUGAUAUUUAUUGUCUUGCCAUCCUAGUUAGUAGCAUUUAGUUAAAAUGGGCAGGCUCUCUUACUAGUAAUGGUUUGUUGGAUGGAUACUUUGGUUUUUUAUGCUAACAUUUGCUACUAACAUGUUGGUUGCUAUGCUUCAAUUCAUAUGUUUUGAUUUGACCUAGGGUCAGAUGAGUAUUUUAACCUCUAUAAAAUAACAUUUUAACAUUUUGUCUCCACUUGUCAUUGUAUCAUUCUGGAAUCUAGGAUCCUUGCUUUUCCUCUUUAUUCUGAUACAUCUCUAGUUCAUUUUCAUGGUAUGUACAGAUAUAACAUCUAAGAGACUGAGAAGUGUGUCUUCUGUUUAACUGCAUACAUAAAAAAUGAUUGUAAUUAUCAAUGUUUUAAAAACUUUAAUGUACCAAUGUAUAAUGUUCAGCAGGACUGGGAUGUCCUGUACCAUAUAAGUCUGCUGGUCAUGUCUGGCACAUUCUUGUCCUUCUACAAUAAUCUGCUUAAGGAAACACCAUUUGAUAUUUUUGGUUUCUAGCUUCUGGAUUUUCUUCAUUGGUUUACUGUGCUAUAUAAAACAGAUCCAAGGGCUGCUAUUCCUGGUUAUCUUCCAUCUGAUGGUUCUACUGUAGCAUCUGAUGGCAUGCGGAGUGCUGGUGAUCCAAGGGGUGCAUCAGAUUUUAUGCAGAGUGAUAUAUCAAUACAACCUGGAAGGUAUGGUUCAGAUGAUCUUUCUGGAGCAGGAAGUCGUGCUCCACCUGGAUUUAGUGGUUUGGCUGCUGUAGCUCCCAUAAGAGGACAUAAUCCAUUAGAAGAGCCGAUUUUAACAAGAAGAGAUGCAUUAGGCAUUAGGCCUGGCAUCAUAGACAAACCCAAUCCUUCGGUAAAAUCUGAUGGUGCGUCUGCAGAUCAAUCUAACAUCCUUUUUGUGGAUGGUCUUCCUACUGAUUGUAUGAGGAGAGAAGUAGCCCAUCUCUUCCGCCCUUUUAUUGGUUUCAAGGAUAUCAGAGUUGUACAUAAGGAGCCUAGACGUGCUGGGGAUAAGGCUCAUGUCCUGUGCUUCGUGGAGUUUAAUGAUGCCAAAUGUGCUUUAAUUGCUCUGGAAGCUCUUCAAGGAUAUAAAUUUGAUGACAGGAAACCGGAUUCACCAGUCUUAAGGAUCCAAUUUGUGAAAUUCCCUUUCCGUCCAUCUUCUGUAUGUGAUGAGCAGAGACAUGGAGGUGGUCCAAAUUGACAGGGAAUCGGCAAAGCUUGUUAUGGAUAACCAUGAUUAGUAUGAGCUUUUUACCCUGUGGGCUUUUUAUACAAGGAUCUGUCGUGCUCAGGCAGUCAUCAGACAGCUCAUCGGUGGAGCACCAGUGAAUUCAUACAUUUUGAGUGAUGACCAUAUAGAUCGUUAACAUGCAGGAUAUAUUAUACUCGAGAAGUGGCUUCGUUGUAGUUUGUAGCCAAUGUGUUCAAGUAGUUGCUCCUGUUUUUCUGCUCAUACCAUUGUUGCAGUAGUUGCAUUUAAAUGGCUUUUGACAUCAAAGUAGACUAAUUCAACAGUAGAAUUGUCAGAAAAACUAAUUCAUUGCUGGGUUUUGUGCA